AUGGCAGGUAGAAUGGAUUUCUUCAACAAUUCGCAAGAUCCAUUCAAUGGUGAGUUAAUGGAAGCACUUGAACCUUUUAUCAAGAGUUCUUCCACUACUCAUUCAUCUUUAUCUACACCCGCUUCUCUAAAUUCACACCUCCCUUCAACUUCAUCACAAUUUUACUCUUCUACCCUUACCUAUUUCCAACCCUCUUUUCCUCCUCCACGGCCCAAUUUCUACAGAGAAAAUGGUUAUUGUUCAUCCAUGAUGAAUUACCAAUUUCCCUCCUCGGGUAAUUCAUCAAACAGCCAGAAUUUCAUUGGCUUUGAACAACAACCACAACCAAAUUCUGUAAUUGGGCUAAACAACUUAACCUCAUCUCAAAUCAAUCAGAUCCAAACCCAGAUUCAGUUUCAGUCUCAACAAAUCAAUCCAAAUUUGAGUUUCCUUGGGCCUAAGCCCGUCCCAAUGAAACAGUCCGGUGCACCUCCGAAGCCGACGAAGCUUUACAGAGGUGUAAGGCAGAGACAUUGGGGAAAAUGGGUUGCUGAGAUAAGAUUGCCCAAGAACAGAACAAGGCUCUGGCUUGGGACUUUUGAUACUGCUGAAGAAGCUGCUUUAGCUUAUGAUAGAGCUGCUUAUAGAUUAAGAGGUGAUUUCGCCAGGCUUAAUUUCCCCAACAUGAAGGACCAACAAGGUUUGCUUGGGGAGUUUAAGACUAUGCAUUCGUCUAUUGAUGCUAAACUUGAUGCUAUUUGUGAGAGUUUAGGCAGUGAUGAUGCCAAGAAAUCAGGGAAAGUGGAGAAAAAAGUGAAAGGUUCUAAGAAAGAUUUGAAAAAAGAGGUUCAACCAAGUCUUGUUGCUGAUAACAAGAAAGUUGUUGUUGAAAGCUCUUUGUGUUCAAGUGAAGGGUCUGAUGAUUCUUCUCCUCUUUCUGAUCUCACUUUUGGUGAUUUUGGGGAGCCACAGUGGGAAAAUUGUUGUGAGCAGCUUAAGUUGCACAAGUUUCCUUCUUAUGAGAUUGAUUGGGAUUCUAUUUGA